AUGAAGACCGAAAUAAAGAAUAAAUUUGAUAUUAAUAAGACAGGCAAUAAAGCUAUAAUCUAUAAGUCUUGGGAAGAGUUGUUAAUGGAAAUGUUGGAAGUACAUAAGAAUCCCAUCUUCAAAAAAUACCAGGUUUUUUUAAACAUCAAAAUAAGUCAUUCAGGUGCUGUCUCUGUUGGAGCCAACGAAAGCAUGACACUUGCCGAAUCCUCCACCUCGGCCAUCAGUGGCACUCUGGCCCCCUCAAGUGCAAAAGAAAUUACUUUUCCCUCAAAGAAAAUUAAGAUGUCACAUUUACCAGAAACUGAAGAAACCCAAAAAUUAUCAACUGCUGAGUUACAUCGAUUAGUUCUAUUAGAGCAGUUGAAAUUAUGUCGAAUGCAACAAGAAGAAAUCAUUAAGAGACAGAAGCAAGGUGAUGGUAACUUUAUGCCAAACAGUACUUUUUCGGAGGAAAAAAUGUAUUACAACUUGUAA